AGCAGAACCCCGAUUUCCAUUUCCAUGAAGCUGGAAGCAAAAGGCAUGGAGACUGGCGAUACCUGGACAGGCACUGCCGGGGUCGUGGUAUUCGUGUUCCUCAUUUAUCGAUACGUGAUCUAUCCUGCUUGCUUCUCCCCUCUUGCCUUGGUCCCCAAUGCGCACUGGUCCGCUCCGUUCUCUCGCCUUUGGAUUCUCCGUGUUCGAUUCGUGCAUCGAGAGAAUAGGACGCUUCACGGCGCUCAUCGUCGGCUUGGCCCCGUAAUCCGGGUCGGCCCUAACGAGCUAAGCAUCAAUGACCUCGACAGUGUCCGGUCUGUCUACCAGGGCGGUUUUGAGAAACCUGUCUGGUACUCGGUCUUUGACAACUAUGGCGUCCCGUGCAUGUUUUCGGCCCGUUCCGCCGCCGAACACGCAGCACGAAAGCGGUUGAUAUCGCACGUGUACUCCAAGUCUUACAUCCAGUCAAGCCCAGCGGCCUUAGCCCAGGCCAGGGCCAUUAUCUAUGGCAGACUCCUGCCGAUUCUUGAGGAGUCAGUUUUGGACACGGCAGCUCCUCAUGGGAUCGACAUUUACUCCACCUUCAUGGCAGCAACCAUGGACUUCAUAGCCGCCUACAUCUUCGGUCUCGGGAACGACACCGACUUCCUGGCCGCCAAGGCCUACCGGGAGCACUUCCUCGAGCUGUACAAGGCUCGCAAUGAUUACGGGUACUACGAUCAGGAGCUGCCCCGGCUCACCAGGCUCUGCCGGCGACUCGGCAUUCCGCUGUGUCCCAAGUGGGCGGAUGCCGCGAACAGAGAGCUGGGUGAGUGGUGCCGCAGACUCUGUAACAAGAUUGAGCAGCGCCUGGACGCCGGAUUCCAGCCCCGGAGGGGGUCUGCGGAUGAGCCCAUUGUGUGGAACGUGCUGGUGGGCGGGCUACGAAACGAGGAAGCAAAGCAUGGCCCGCAGUCGAUACUGUACCCUACCGCACUGACCAACUUCAAGCUAUCCGUUGCCUCUGAGUUGUUCGACCACGUGCUGGCUGGCCAGGAAACAGCCGGCUUGACGCUGACGUACCUGAGCUGGCGCCUGUCCCAGUCACUGGAACUGCAGGAGCAACUGCGAGCCGAACUUCUGACCCUCUCACCCACCAUGCGACUGACUCAGGAUGGCACAUCCGCAAUCCCAGACCCCAGGCAACUGGACGGCCUUCCGCUGCUUCACGCCGUCCUGAUGGAAACGCUGCGCCUUCACGCGCCGAUACCCGGCGCCCAGCCACGGCAGACACCAGACUCAGGCUGCCGGAUCGGCCCUCACCAACUGCCCGGAGGCGUCAGGAUAGCAGCUCUCGCGUACACGCUGCACCGCGACGGAACCGUCUUUCCGGAGCCCGAGAAGUGGGACCACGCCCGGUGGCUCCCUUCUUGUGCCGACGACGAGGACAGGAAGCGGAGGAACAGACAGUUCUGGGCGUUCAGUUCCGGCGGCAGGAUGUGCGUUGGGUCCAAUUUUGCUAUGCAUGAGAUGAAACUUGUUAUUGCUGCGAUCUACUCGAACUACACAAGCCACAUUGUUGACGACGAGGGCAUGGAGAGCCAGUCCGAUGGGUACACUGGACGACCGCAGAACGAGCGGCUUUUCCUUCGAUUUGAGAAGGUGGACUAGGCGUGUAUUUGAAGUCACGAGCAGCAGGCAACUCAAGGACGGACGUGCACUGCUGCAGAGCGGCAUCUUCUGAUCUCGGGGUCGGGGUCGUGCGAAAUUCAUCUCUCGAGAGCUG